CUUCACUCACUGAACAGCGCCCCAUCAAUCACUUACACCACGUUUACAUUCUUUACUUAUCCCAAAGUAGUAGAUUGAUACAGUCACCAUGCCGCCUACUGUACUCCCAUCGUCGGGGAAUCCCCUCGUCUUCUUCGACAUCACUCUUGGCGGUGAACCCCUCGGCCGCAUCACCUUCGAACUCUUUGCCAAUGUGGUCCCCAGGACAGCCGAGAACUUCCGCCAGUUCUGCACCGGCGAGCACAAGAACAACCAAAACCGGCCCCAGGGCUACAAGGGCUCCAAGUUCCACAGAAUCAUCCCCAAUUUCAUGUGCCAGGGCGGUGACUUCCUCAAUGGGGAUGGCACCGGGUCGACGUGUAUCUACGGGACCAAGUCCUUUGCGGAUGAGAAUUUUACGCUGAAGCAUGAUAAGGCUGGGUUGUUGAGUAUGGCUAACGCAGGGCCAAAUACAAACGGCAGCCAGUUCUUCAUCACGACGGUGCCAACGCCAUUUUUGGACAACAAGCAUGUGGUGUUUGGGCAGGUGGUGGAUGGGAUGGAUGUGGUCAAGAAAAUGGAGAAUACGAAAACGGGAUACAAGGGGAAGGAUGUGCCGAACCUGGACGUGGUUAUCGCUCAGUGUGGAGAGAUGUAGAGAUGGAGUGUUUAGAAGCAGGAUGACAAGUGCCCUAUUGCCAACAAUAGAAAACUUUUACAUCAAUG